UUCAACGAAGUCUUUCCAACAACUUAUCAAGUGGCGAAAAAAGAAAGUAUUGCGAUGAAGAGAAUGUUCGUCACAAGAUAAAACGAGUGAAAACUUCAAGGUAUCAAGAACUUAACAGGCAAAGCUCUUCCGACUCAAGAUUUAGUUUCAGCAGUGAUUCGAGUUCGUCUAGUUCAGACUCGAGCUCAGAUUCGAGUUCUUCUGGCUCAGACUCUAGCUCAUGUUCAAGCUCAAGUUCAUGUACCGAUUCUAACACAAGCUCAGAUUCCUCAAGCUCUGAUAAUGACUCUAUGAAUGAGGGCAAUCCGUAUAAAUAUCUCAACUCCAAAAAUAGAAUAAUUCCAUGUCCUAGAUCGUGCGUAUGUAAAGCAGGACCAAGUAUGCCACCUUCUCCUAUUUUUAGAACAAGUCGUACGAUCCAGCCUCUCUACAAGAAGCUUUUAAAGCGUCGUCUGCUUAGCAUGUCCAAUACCUUCUACCAAACAUGUUGUAGCGGAGAGUGUUAUCGGGAUUGGGCGCGUAAAAGAGUCACCAUUGCUCGUAUGGUGAGAGAUUAUGCAGAGACUGAUCUCCGAGUCGACUAUUUCUCGUGGGGUAAAUGGAAACAGGAAGCGGAAGUGGACGUGUCGGGUUCAAGCGAUGAGGACUGGUUCUAGUGAAUGUAGAGAUAAUAAUGCGUUUAAUUCGAUGUCUGUUAUUUCAUCUUGUUAUAAAUUUUAUUAU